GAUGACACGCCGGGAAAGCUUGCAUGGAGGCGAUGAAAAUGCGACGCCCGACGCCUACAACUGGCCCCUCAAACUCAUCAGUCCAAUACAGACUUGCUACCUACAAUCAGAAAUGCAAGUAUCACACCACAAUGAACUUAAACGGCAAACCCAUGCCUUCUGCGACCGAGUGUCGCGCCAGAACGGGCCCUGGCCCACUACGCGAGCUCGGACCAUGGGAAACCGUGUUGUUGCGCAACACUAUUACAAGAACGCCACCGCGGACAACUCGGAGACGCUACCUAGUGCCCGCAGACCCGCAACAGAUGAACAGAUCGCCAUGGCCGCGCACUUCGCGGUGCUAGGCAUCCGCACUCUGCUGUACAUGGCCCUGUUCAACAUCAGCUACAACCCCAUCAUUGGACCAACCCCAGAAGUCAACGUGUUGGAGGCCUCAGAGGCCUCGCAUACGGCCAACUCGGCCCGAACGCGGAGGCGUACGUGCAGGCCCAGCUCCGGCAACAGCACGGGCCCGCACUCCAGCAGCGCCCGCAGCAGCCAGGACGCGGAGGCCCCCGGCGCAACCCGCAGCAAGACGAGCGUCAGCAGCGAGCCGGUGAAAUAUGUUGAUGUGGAGGUACGCAUGCCAGCUGAGCUGCUGGCAGCAGCCCUCACCAGAAUCACACUCAACCCCAGCAGCGGGCUGUGGUACUACCCCAAGGGCAACGACAGCCUCCUACCCCAGCGCGGCUUCCCCAGCUGGAGCUCCCGCCCACACGGCACCACCAGCAACGACGGUGGGCUCCUAUGGUGCGUGUGCCACACCAUCAACGAGCACAACAACACACCGGCCGACGAGCUCUACCGGCAGGCUAGCCUCAACAUCGUUGCUGAGGUGGUCGCAGCAGGGCCGGCCAACACUGCAGCUGAGGCCCUGCACACCAUCGAGUCUGCUCUGCGAACGCAGCCAGCGCUGGCCCUGAACGCCAUGAUCAUCCAGUCAGCACGCCAGCCCCGCAGCUCGGAGAACAGCAUCGCCGCGCAAACGCUGCUGCUGCGGUUCACCUGCAGCAAGCAGCGGAAACUUGCGCAGGCAUCCCGGCUACUGCUGGUCGACAUGGGGGAGGGCCUGGUCAGCCUCACAUUUGAGGAGAGCGCGCGCCCCAACGGCGUCAGCCCGCGAGGACACCAGCAGGUGUCCAUCACCAGCAACAGCAUCAGCACAGAGAAUGGUGUGGCCAUGAGCCAGCUGGACGCAUUUGCGACAGAGCUAGCAGACCGGCUUGAGCAGCAGCGCCUAAUCCUGCCGCAACACCUCGCCAUCCAGAACGGCGCCAGCCAGGCAGAGGCUGCACAGGCGCCGCCGCUCCCACACCCCAACCUGAUCGACACCUAUGUUGGUGAGCCCCGCACAGUCACGGAUGCCAAUGACAUACUCGCGGGCUUCUUCUGGAGAGUGGAAGACAAGCACUUGCCCCUUGCCAGCAGCCAGCUGGUAGCGGGCAUGGGGGGCGACUUCGUCCUGAGGCGCCCAGACCCGCAGGCCACGCUCUGCCUGGAGGCAGCCGGCCCGACCAGCCUAAGCCGCCUCACGUAUGCCCUGCAAUUCAAAGGCAACAUGCAGCGGGGGCCCCUGCAGCUGGGAAGCAACACGCGCCACUCCAUCAUGUCAUACCCGCAGCAGCCCGCAGCACUGCCCACUCUCUGGCGCAACUCGGCAGACGCCUAUGCUGUGGCCGGCAACAUCCUCGACGGGGCCCCCAUCCUGCAGCCAGCUGUGUCGGCGGACGCCAAGACGGAGAACAAUGCCACCAUUACCCGGAUGGCCGCAGCAGACCCCAGGCAGGAGGCAUUCAUCUAUGCCAUCACGCCAGAACCAGCCGCAGGGCCGGAUGACAACGACGACCUGGACCUGGGCUGGGCCGGGCCGGCAGCACCACCGCAGCCACCGCUGCCACAGCAGCAGCAGCCGCAGCCACCGCAGCUGCCUCCGCCGCCGCAGCCGCCGCAGCCACUGCAGCCGCCACAGCCGCCGCAGCUGCCGCUGCCGCAGCAGCAGCAGCAGCAGCAGCAGCAGCAGCAGCAGCAGCAGCAGCAGCAGCAGCAGCAGCAGCAGCAGCAGCUGCAGCAGCACCAGCAGCACCAGCAGCACCAGCAGCACCAGCAGCACCAGCAGCACCAGCUCGCCCUGCUGCAACCUCAGCAGCGCCCCCAACGCCCCAUGGCGGCUGGAGCCGGGUCCGCUGCCCUGAACCUGCUAACACGCCUGCAGACAGUCGCUGCCGCCGCCAACGCCGACCCGCCCGCCGGUGGCGGCCCUGUUGGAGCCGCAACCGGCAGCACUGCUGCCACCACCACCGCCGGCCUGCCUGCCGGCGGGGACCAGGCUGGAGCUGCGACCGGCAGCGCUGCUGCCAUCGCCAACACCAGCCUGACUGCCGGCGGCCCUGCCGGGGCCAUGGUCGGCAACAUGGCCAAUGCCAACCAGUGGGGCCACCAGCCCGUGCCGGCAUACCCCUUCUCUACCCACCUCAACCCUGCCUACAGCGGAAACACCCCCCCUGACAGCAAUGCCAAGGGGCCUGUCAUGGCGGAGGAGGACCCCGAUGAGGACAUGAUCAACAGCCAGCAGGCCCGACGCCCCGAUGGCACACCCAGCUCCAAGCGCUCCGCGAUCCGCGUGCGCAUCACCGGACCCCGCACCGGUGGAGACGGCAACACAGGCGGCCCCAGCGGCGGCCUGGAGCCCCAGAACGCUUGAGAUCAACAACAUUGUCAGAAACGUGGCUCAGCGAUGGAUAAGAAGCAUGAGGGCAGCUACAUGUGCUCUAGUGGCACAAUGGGGGGCCAACUUAAGCGCGGCGGUAACUACUGCAAGGACCCAGAAUGUAGAACUGGGUAGAUUGACUAGACGGGCUUUUGAUAUGGUGUUGCAAACUCUGGCAUCAACAGGCGAGGGAAUACAACAAAUGUGCAUACAGGUCAGCAAUGCCGGAUUGGACUUGGUCUGUG